UAAGUUUAAAAAAAGUGUUUUAUUUACGACUAGUAUCAUAGAAACAGUAGGUACUUUUUAAAAAGGUCCAUCACAGGAUUUUACUAAUAGCUACAAAGAAUUACCAAGAUUUUUCAAAGUAGUAACUCUGAAGUUACGACUUUGAAAGUUCUAAGAGAAACUGGAAUGGAGGCAAAAAAAGGAGAAAAGAUUCUUGACUUUGUUGCUAAUAAAGAUAAGAAAGAUGCUGUGUCAAUAGCUAAUGAAGUCAACGAUCAUUACGAUAAGAGCAAUGAUUACCGUGGAUCGUUUACAAUACAUGGUUUGUCAAGAGCUCUUACUGGUAAUUUUUAUGAAAAUAUUUUUUGGGGAUUUAUAGUGUUAUCAAGUUUCACAGCCAUAGCAGUCGUAGCCUGGAAAUUAGCAAUAAAGUACCAAAAAAAUGAAGUUUACAUUAAAUUUUUCUCCAAAGAGUAUUCAAAAUUAAAUAUGCCAAUUUUAACAAUUUGUCCAAAUAGAAUUAAUAAACGAAGAAUAUGCAACUUAACCAAUGAUUGUAUGAACAACUCUACUGACAUCAGUACGCUUUAUAUAGAAAAUAGUUCUUACGCAUGGUGGAACGAUGAAAUGUCAGUUAUUGUUAUAAAAGAAUCAAGAAAAUCAGUUAAAACAGGAAUUGAGCUAAGAAAUUAUAUAAAAAGUACAUAUUAUCAGUGCAUUAGAAUGAAUCUUAGUUUUUUUGAUAUAUCAUCUUCAUCUUCAAAUGGCAUACAUGUUUACACAAUUUAUCCAAAAUCUUAUAUUGAAGUAUAUGUUCAUGACGAAAACGAGCAAUACCCUUUUUUUCAAACUAAACCAAAUUAUAUUGAAGCUUUGGAAAGCGAUGAAAUAAACAUAGAAAUUGUUCAGUACAAUAGACUAAAGUACCCUUUUUCAUCAAAUUGUAGUCAGGCUUUAAAAGAUAUGAUAUUUCCGGACAGCUACACUAAGCUAAAAUGUGUCGAAUCAUUAAAAUGCAUGAACUCGUUUAAAGCUUGUGGAAAAACCUAUGAUUUUUGUGAACAAUUUUUAAACGAUAAUUUUAGAGUUAAAUACGCAAAAAACCUUUCUGCGCUUGAUUUAAAAAUAUUGACCAAAUGUUUAAAAUCAGAGUAUCAAAAAAGUUACGACAAUGAGUGUGCAUUGGCUUGUGACGAAAGUAUCUUUAAAAUAAUAAUGUCUUACACAACCCAAUGUAGUUGGCUUCAAAAUAACGCACGAGAAAUUUAUGUUAAUUAUCCUUUAGGCCCAUACUUUCACGUAUUUGAAGAAGCGCAGUUGUAUAAUUUUGAACAAUUUCUUUCUGAAUGUGGUGGGUUAAUUGGUUUGUUUACAGGAAGUUCAGCAAUAUCCAUAAUAGAACUAAUCACAUUUUUAUGUCUGGUUUUGAUAAAAUACAUAUUUAACAAAAGCAAUAAAAAAACACCUUGAACACCUAAAAUAAUAUCUAGAUUUGCAUUUUUUAUUACAUUAGUUUUAAUAAAAUGAACUUAAAAAAAAGCAUUUUAAAAUAUGAAAAAUUUGUUAAGUUUAACGUGACAUAAUUUGUGCUUGGUAAUGUUCUAAAUUCGUAAUGCACCGGUUGGUUACAAAGUUUUCUGAUUUUUCUAUUGUAAAUAAACUUAUGCUUUACGUGGUUAAACAUUUAUUCAGCUCAAAACUUAUUUGUGAUGUUGCGCAACUCAAAAAUGGACUUACAUAUAUCCAAAGUUAGUUUCGGUUCCACUCUGAAUCUAAAAUCAACAAAUUGUUUUUAUAAUUAAAAAGAUAAGUAACGUAGCAAAUAUAUAUGGAUAAAAAUACUUUGGAACAUUCUUACUUUAGUAAAUACAAAAAAAAAAAAAAAAAAACAUUGUUAGAUGGAUUUG